CAGAACUUGUCAAAAUCUUCAAUCUUGAUCAUUAUUCAAAAUGCCCCGCAAUAAAGGAUACCGGGGUGAUAAUGAACCUGGCAACGGUCAGCCGGGAAAAAGGCAGCGCAAUGAGGGCUCAAAUGGACGGGAACAAGAAGUGUUCUUCACGGAUGGGAGCCAUGAGUGUAUCACCAUGCAGCCCAUGGCUUCCAACGGUCACCUGCAGAUGCAGAGGUCCAGCUUCCCACAAGAACCAGUUUCAAAUGGUUACCAACCACAUGGCUUCAAUUCACCACGAGGCAACGUGCCCAAUGGAUAUCAUGUACCAGGGCCCUUCGCCCCACAAGGUAACAUGCCUAGCGGAUAUUGCGAACCAGGACACUUCGCCCCACAUCGCAACGUUUACCACGGAAAUGGUGCACCAGGACACUUUUCCCCACAGGGUAACGAUAACCAAGGACAUGGUGAACCAAGGCACUUCGUCCCACAAGGUAAUGUGCCAAACGGACAUGGUCAUACAGGUGGAUUCGCCCCUCACGGACAUGAUAUAGCAGGACACUACGCCCCACAAGGAUAUGGUCCACCAGGAAGAUUCGCCCCGAACGGCAACUUUAACCAAGGACAAUAUACAGCCGGACACUCCGCCCAACAAGGACACAUUUUGCCAUCGAUGAUAUUCAUCGUCGUCAAGAGAAUUCUGUCAGUCGCGGUCCUCAUCUUCAAUGAAACUGUCAGCUGGUUGAAAUAUUUCGAAUGGAUGGGCAUGAUUGAUUUACCCGAUAUAAUUGAAAAACUUGGAAAGUCAAGACAGAAGCUGACAGGAGAUGUCGAUUGCAGUUCAGAGGCACCGGAAUUACCAACGAUUUACGGCGCGUUCUGUCUUAUUGGCACGUUAUAUGCGCUAUUUCAAAUUAUAAACACCAUUGGCGAAACGGUUCUUGAAUACCAUGUGAGGAAAACAGCAAAGAAAUAUGAAGAUGGCGAGGCAUCGCAAGGGGGUUUGCCACAGAAUAACGCUAAAACAGAUCCUGUGCCAGAGGCUAAAGACCGAAAACAACAAGAAAAAGAUAAUGGAUGCGCCAGUUUCUUCCACGGAUUUCAACUUGUACAUGGAUGGGUUGAAACGGUCGCUGCGAUGAUUUUGGGAGACUUUCCUCAGAUCAUCGUGAUUGCCUUCUCCAGUGCCUACUGUACCGUCGACACAAACAAGAUUGUAUAUAAUGUCUUCUGUAUGUUUGUUAAAUACAUUAAAAACAAGGCAAGGAAGGAAUCUUGCAAACAGAAAUACAAGCCAAGCAACGACUGUUCGGUAUGCUGCACGAGUUGCUUCAGGAACUGCUGCUGCACCUGGAGUUGCCCCCUGCUCUGUUGUUGUAUGGUAUGUUAUUGCAGGCUGUGUCCAAUGGGAGAUGAAUUAUGCUGUGAGAUAAAGCCGAUCUGUGAUUGUUGCUGUUGCUGUGGUCCAAGCAUUUGUGACGGCCCCUGUCAUGUAUGCGGUCGUCAGGAUGAAGAUCCAGAGUGGGCGGCAAAACUGAUCAAAAAGCUAGAGACCUUCUUCACAAUAGGCCUUGUUUUUUUCGUCACCAUCGGCAUUAUUAACGUAUAUCGUUCUUCUUCGUCAGAAAACUUCUUAGAGAUAAUAUUAAACUUCUUUAAGUAGCUUUUACAGGCUAUUCUAUGUUCAAUUUGUUAUUCUGUUUGAAUAUAUUUGUCUAAAAUUUAUGCGGAUUUAAUUUGAAAAUAGGACUGGUUCGUUUUGUUUUAAAUGUUAUAUUAAGAAUAGAUAAUGAUGAAUGUAUGCAUUGUAGUUUGUUCAUGCGACGCUGCAAGAUUGAGAACGUCCUAAUAA